AUGAAGCAGCGCAUCAACUGUUAUGAGACCGAUGGAGUAACAGUGAAGAAAACCAUGGAGUUGCCCGAGGUGUUUUCAAUACCAAUAAGACACGACCUUGUGUUGAAGACACAUGCGCUCUACAGGAUGAAGAGCAGGCAGCCGUAUUCGGUGUCAAAGAUAGCAGGAAAGCAACACUCUGCAGAGUCUUGGGGAACAGGAAGGGCUGUUGCACGUGUGCCAAGAGUCAAGGGAUCUGGUACAAGACGAGCAGGCCAGGGAGCAUUUGCAAAUUUUUGCAGAAAGGGAAGAAUGGCACAUCCUACGCAGACACACAGAAGGUGGGCAAGGAAGGUGGUUGAGAAUACACUGAGGAUUGCAAUGGCAAUAGGUGUUGCAGCAUCUGCACAUGCAGGGCUUGUUGAGGCACGUGGACACAGGAUAUCGAACAUCAAGAUGUUGCCGAUCAUUGUAUCUGACGAGGUAGCAAAGAUCAAGAAGACAAAGGAUGCAAUGAAUGUUCUUCGUGCACUGAAUAUUGAAGAUGAGCUGGACAGAGUUGAGAACAGUAGAAAGGUUAGGACUGGAAAGGGAAAGAUGAGGAACAGAAGACAUACACAGAGAAAGGGAGCACUGCUGAUUCAUGGAGAGAAGUCUGAUCUGCUUGCAUUCAGAAAUAUCAGAGGAGUUGACCAGAUGAGUAUUGAUUCACUCGAUCUUGUUGAGCUCACACCUGGAGGAGUGGCGGGCAGACUGAUUAUAUGGACUGAGAGUGCAUUUGAAAAGCUCGAUAAACUGUUUGGAGGAUUUGAAAGGGCUUCUGAACUUAUGGAUGGAUUUAUGUUGCCUAAUAAAAUGGUUACACAUGAUGAUCUUGAGGAGCUUUUCUAUACUGAUGAGGUUCAAGCGGUUCUUGAUGAGCCAUUGAUGAUACCAAGAGAAGCACUUGCAAUGACGGAGGAGGAGAUUGAAGAAAGACAGAGGUUUAUCAACAAGUUUGAUGCAUCUGCAAUACGAUCAGUGAAUUAA